CCAAAGAGUGGAAGAUGCUGGAUAAGGCCACUCUGCUCCUCUUCCUGCAUUUAGUUGCAUGCUCCAUCUCCUCUCCUCUCUACCCAGCUCUCAGGUACAGCCCAGGGCCAGUUGCUGGCAAGGCCGUGAACUUCCAGCUACAGCACAGCCGCCCAUUGCAGAGCCAUAACCCCUCGGCGGAAGAUCAAGAUGAGGAGGGUUUGUUAACAGACCCCACUGAGAAAAGGAUGCAGCGCCAUGCUGAUGCCAUAUUCACCGACAACUACCGGAAAUUCCUGGGGCAGAUUUCCGCCCGCAAAUUCCUACAGACCAUCAUUGGCAAGCGGCUUGGAAGCAGUGAGAACAACCCAGGAGAAGGCGUGCAUGAAUUUCUGACAAGGCGCCAGUCUGACAGCAUCCUGAUGGACAGCCGCUACCACCAACAGAUGGUACUAAGGGACUUCCUGGGAGCCAUGCUGCAGAAUCAAAGGCCUCAGGACAUCAACAGCAGUCGGCUAGAAGGUUUGCCCAGCACCUUGGCUAAGCUCAUGUAAAUAGUUCUCCCUUUUUCAUCUCCCCAUGCUCUGAAUGAUUCAGAGCUCGUGGAUCUAACUGUACAGUAAGCCCUUCACAGCAAUGAAGACAUUCCCGGAUGUGACCAGCUGGAAACUGAUG